CGUCCCCCAUUUAAGACACUGGAUCAUGGACACAGUUAGCUAGCGAGGCUAGUCUUUCAUCUUUAAAAUCAUACUUUAGAAGAAAUAACGGUUAUUCUAUUGAGAGCAUCACACAGUCAGUUGACCAGAAUGAUUGAAGACUUCGAGAAUAAGGAGGACGUCCGGUCCAGCGGGGAGCUGUGGACUGAAAUCUGCUCCAGUCUGCCGGAGUCACAAGCUGAACCAGCCCCGCCGGCGAUCAACACGGAGUUCAGGGACUCAUUCCAGCCAGCCGCACGAGUCGGAUUGCAGCUCAAUGGACACUCAAAUGGGACAAAUACCAGUUCUUCUAACGCCGGAUGGGAACCCAUGGAGGAUUCUGAGAUCUACAUAGCCAGCUUAGAGAACCGCCUGAAGAAAUUAAAGGGCCAGUCAAGUGACGUGACAUCCAGGGACAUGUUGCGCUCCUUGUCUCAAGCUAAGAAAGAAUGUUGGGAUAGAUUCCUGCAUGAUGCUCAGACCUCGGAGAUCUUCCAAAGCGGUGACAUGGAUGAGAGCGCUCUUGAAAACUUCAAGAGGUGGUUGAUUCCUGAGAAGGUGGCCAUCAGCGCAGAAGAGCUGGAGUAUCUCCUGAGACCGUCUCAGAAUAACGAACAGGCUGAAGCAAACCAAACAGAGAUCGAAGAGGACACGACGGGAGAGAGAGCCGACCCCGAGGAAGAUGGCGCACACAGCCCGGAGAAAUGAGUGUUAAAAUAGUAACACCGAAAGAAGAACUAAUUUGGCGUGUAUUCAGUAGCGCUGACUUGUUACCCCCACGCUCAUUUUGAGCUGCGUUAUGUCAUAGCACUGUUUUGAACAAAGCUUUUGUUAACAGUGGUCAAAGAAGCAAUUACAGCCUGUCAUCAUCCUCUGUAACCCCAGCAACUGAGUGUUAAGUACGUAUUCAGUCAUUAUUAUUCAUCCCUUGAAGGAUUAUUAUUUUUACUGAUUCCCAUUUUAUAUGUUACAAGAAUGGCUUCCUUCAUUCAAUAUAUAUGCCAAGGUUGAUGAAGGAGCACAAAAAGUACCAUGUUGUAAUUGAGACUCUUGUGACAUCUUGCAGACAUUAUACAAUUGUGACAUCUAGAGUGGGAAUACUCUGUGAUAUAUUCCUGAAAAUAUUGUAACAUAUUGUGUAACAUCUUUAUUUUUGCCAUUUUACCAAUUAAGUUUUACCCACGUUUCAAUAAAAACAUAAAGUAGAA